AUGGACACCCCUCCCUCCCUACGAACGCAGAUCCUAGUCGUGGGCGGUGGCCCUGCUGGAUCAUAUUCUGCCACGUUACUGGCCCGAGAUGGAUUCGAGGUCACAGUCAUUGAACGCGAUAUCUUUCCAAGAUAUCAUAUCGGAGAGAGCUUACUGCCAUCCGUCAGGCAAUUCCUUCAUCUCAUCGAUGCUGAACAAUUGGUCGAGUCUUGCGGAUUCGUACCCAAGCCCGGCGCGGCUGUUAAAUUGAAUCAGUAUAGUCGCGAGGGAUACACGGACUUCACCGCGUUAGAUCCAAAUAACAAGGCGUGGAACGUAGUACGAUCCGAGUUCGACGACGUCUUGCUCCAGCAUGCCGCUAAAAGCGGCGUUCGUGUCCAUCAAGGGACAAAAAUCCUCAGUAUCAAUUUCGAUGAUCAAAGACCCGUCAGUGUUGACUGGGAAACGAAGAGUGGUAUUACGGGAACACUCGGCUUUGACUGGCUCGUUGACGCGUCUGGACGCGCGGGACUCAUGUCGACCCGAUACCUUCACAAUCGGAAGAUCAACGAAAGCUUGAAGAAUAUUGCGUGUUGGGCUUACUGGUCUGGUGGGAAGGUAUACGCCCGAGGAACUAGCCGUCAUAAUUCCCCUUGGUUCGAGGCUUUGUCCGAUGAGACCGGAUGGUCGUGGUACAUUCCUCUACACAACGGGACGGUCUCAGUCGGAUUCGUCAUGUCCACCAUUUCCAGUGCCCACAAGCGAGCGAAUGCUACAGGCAAGGAACACACAGGGAGCAACCUUCGAAACCAUUAUUUGGAGCAGCUAAAGUUUACACCUGGCCUCGCGAAUCUCCUCUCGGAUGCACGUAUCUGUAGCGAGAUCAAGUCAGCUAGCGACUAUAGUUACUCGGCUUCUGCAUAUUCGGGAGACCACUUCAGGUUGGCUGGAGACGCGGGAGCGUUCAUCGAUCCUUUCUUCUCUUCUGGUGUUCAUCUCGCCUUUACAGGCGCUCUCUCGGCCGCGUGUACUAUAGCGGCAUCCAUUCGCCAGCACUGUACUGAGCAAGAGGCUCAGACUUUCCAUGAUCUUAAAAUUGGAACGGCAUACACAAGGUUCCUUAUCGUCGUUCUAAGCGCGUACAAACAAGUCAACCAGCAGCAUGCUCCGGUCCUUCACGAUCUAGACGAGGAUAAUUUCGAUCGCGCCUUCGAUCUCCUUCGCCCAGUAUUGCAAGGAGCCGCCGAUGUCGGUAAAGAACUGACGGAGAACGAACUAGAGAUGGCUAUCGAGUUCUGCUCCAGUCUCUUCGCCCCGACGACUCUCGAGAUGCACCAAGAGGUCAUGGCGCGCCUAGACGGCGAGCUGACGAGGAGCGAUGCACCUAUCCUGCUCAAGGAUGAGAUCUUCCAGCGUGUCGGUAAGGAGGAUGAAGAAGCCCUUCACGUACUUGGCGAGAUAAAUGCUCGCAAGCAGAUACACACGAUGUACGAUGUGGCAUACCAAUUUGGUCACGAGGCGUGGGCGGGACUUGUGCCCACCUGUAUUCGAGGGGCUUUGGGUCUUGCUCGGGUGGGUUGUCGUGCCGAGUAG